UCGGUAAAUGUUACAGAGCGGACCCAUUCUCCGUUUUUUUCUGACAAAGGACCCAUCACCUACCAUAAACAUAAUAUAUAUUUUUUUACAUCCGUGUCAGUUUCAACAUGUUUGUAACCGUAAAAUAUGCAGAUGACAGACAAGAGCUUUUUAACCCUGACUGCCGAAGCUGUUUGUUGCUUAGCAACAUCAAAGAGCGCUGUGACUGUGACGAGGAUGAUAUUGUUGAUUUAUCUGACGAGACUGGAUGUCUCAAGAACUUAUUAAACAACCCUCUUGAAUAUGCAACUAAAUUUUUGUCAAGUCGAGAAAUACUCAUUCUUGUCAAAGGAGAAAAACAAGACGGGAAUAGAAUGACAUUUGUUCCAUCGUUGGAGAGCUUGGAAGACAACAAGGAAUUCUUGGAACGUUUAAARCCUCCGCCACCCAAGCAAAAAGACGAACGCUUUAACAGAAACACCUCCGCAAGAGGGCUUCAUCCUUCUCUAAAUCAAAAACGAGCGUCACUGACUCCUCGACAAACCAAGAAUCUCGUACUGCCACAGCCAAAUCGUAAUCUUCUCAGUCCUAAUAUGGGCAGAAGGGCGAGRCGAGCCCGCAGUCAAAGUGUUCAGUUAUCACGUAGCCCUAAUUUGAGUMUAUUUAGAAAGGGGAAAUGAAUAGAAAAAAUGGCUUUCUCCUGUAAUUUCCUUUUUUUCCUCUGACUGCUUAAAUGGUCGACAAACGAAUAUUUUUUCAAAGUGUGCUAUGAUCUUAUGAUUAAACAAAUUAUUAUAUAUUAUUAUUGAUUAUUAAUAAAAAUCACAUUUGACUCAUGUAUC